AUGGACUAUUCUGACUCAGUUAGUGGCUCUUCAAGACAAGAAGGCUUAUCUACAGAAGCAUUACAGUCUCUCCCCACAACCUCACAAGCACCAUAUGACGAUGAUCUUGGCUACAAAAACGACCACGGCGGCUACUCCUAUCAGCCCACCUACGAUAGUGAUGGAAUCACGAGCAAUCACCCAGUUGAACCCCGGGAAUCCAAUGAGCCAGUCCAUUCCGCUGCUAGAAGUGCAAAUGCUCCCCAGCUCGCGCUCCCAGUAUUAGAAGAGUCCAUUUACUCUUCCGAAGAGAGCUCAGACGCUCCCUCAACACCAACCUCGAUGCUCGAUGACUCCGUCUUAACCCCACCCCGAAUUCACUCCCCAACGCCCAACGAGUCUUCUCACCGCACUACUGACGGCCCAGACGCUUGUCCAACAUCACUCCCAAUGUAUUCCGCCGUCCCACGACAGAUACCCCAUCGGACAUAUACCCGAACGCCGCUGUCGUGGAAAAGUCUCAAACUAAGCGUACAAGUAAGCCUGCAUGCCGACAAUGUACGCCUAGAGCUGUUUGAGAAGAUGAUUGCGGAAGAAGUUGAGCGACGAUUCGAUGCGCGCGUAGCAAUUGCCCAACGUGCACUUCUUGGUAGUGGCCUAAGGAAUGAAGAGAUGCUGAAUGAGAGUGAUAAUGGUUUAGGCGAAAGUGAUACGCUGCGGAUGAUUACGCGUGAUGUAGAGGCGUUGCAGCGGGAGAUGGACAUAUUUCACCUCGUCGCCUCAUUUAGGCGGCUGCAUGGUUCGGUCGUGGUCUGCGGAAGCAACAACCCAAUCGGGAGUGUGUUGUUACUUCGUUGAUCACCAGAUGGAUCUGUGGUAUAAAUUGAUAGGAACUAUUAUUUACGGCCUCGUCCACGUCUUGCCAGGCGGAGGCGUAUAACAAGGGAAUGGGAAAUAGGGUGGAUAUAGGAGCAAGGGGAAGGGAUUGAGAAAGUGUUGGCA